UGAUUAUUCCUGAAUUUAAAGUUGUCUUAUCUUUUGCGUUUACUGUUCUUUGAACAUACAACAUCUCUGGGCAGAAUCCACGCUUUUUUGAGCCCCAAAGAAUACUCAAGAGCGCGCAAUGGCGACGCGUCGUCUCCCCCGAGGCUUGACGCGACAUGCCAACAGACCGAGACGUGCACUUGCUUGGGCAACGAGAGAACUGCUCUGCGCCCAAUCGCCUCAAAUACUGCAGCAUCGCGCAACCAGCACCCAAAUAAGCGUCUACAUCGCACAGCCUCGAAGACAACUCCACACACAAACGCCACUCGAAAAGAGCCCAGACACCGCGCCCCCGUCAGAAGCACUCCGUCCAACCUCGCACGCCUUUGACCCAGCCAACUCCAAACCACCAACUCAAUCCUCAACUCCAUUCUCAAUCAUUCGACCGGAGAUCUUCGAGGACUGCCAUCAUGCGAGCACCAUCCACCCACCCUCCCACCGCGUCCCAUGGCCAACCGCUCUCCCUAUCGCUCUGCAGUCCAAACACUGGCGUCAAGCCGAAGCAGCAGCAACUACAUACCUGCAAGCCAUCAGCACCUCCCACCCGACCCAUCCAACCCUCGAUCCCGCUCGCACAAAGAAAUUCAUCGACACGGCGGUAUCUUACACUAUCCAUCUCGUCCCCCUGAGCAACAUCACCAGAAUACAACUCCUAGCCAAAACAUACGCCCUCCUCUUCCUCCAUGACGAUGCAGUCGGCACCCAGAACCCUGCUCUUCGUAUACCUCCUCGCAGCGCAGUCUCGCACAACCAGAGCUCUACAGCAGAGCAUGAUGCUUAUAAUAUCCUAGUCAAGGAGAUACUAACGGAGGACCCUCACGAGGGAGAGCGAUUGCUCGAAGAGAUUAUAUCCUGGGGAUCAGCUACGCAGCGCGAGCGACCGAAGACGUUUGGGUCGCUAGAGGAGUAUCUCGUGCAUGGGUUGGAGGAUUUCGGGGCCGACUUGAUCCUUCAGACUGUCCGGUUCUCGUGCGGGACUGCGGUCGAGGAUGCUCCGGAGUUAGAGCGUUUGAAAGCGCUGUGCGCGAAGCAUUUGAUGCUCACGAAUGAUCUGUAUUCGUACGCGAAGGAGGCCCGGGCGGAAGCGGAGACCGGGGAAGUGGUGCUUAAUGCUGUCAGUGUAGUGCGUGGGCUCAUGGGCGGCGAUGAUAUUGAUGAUGCUCUAGCUGCAAGGGUAUUGAGAGUAAUGAUUCGAGAUGUAGAAAAUAGGAUGAGCGCAGAGUGUCUGCGUCUGGAAAAGUCGGGUGUGCUGUCAGAGGCGCAGAUGGUCUACGCGCGAGCGAUGGUGGUGGCGGUUGCAGGGAAUAUGUUCUUCUCCGCGACGAGUCCGCGGUAUGCUGGGGCUGUCGAGGGGACGACGCUGGCGUAGCAGCAGCAGCAGCAGCAGCAGCAACAGCAGCCCAAUUCAUCGGCUGGGACAUGU